UUAGGAGAUGCUUCGGAGAACUACAUACUAUCACUGGAUCCCAUGAAACAAUACGAAUGUAUGCCAAGCUUGGCUCUCGAUGUCCUUGUGAAAGCACAUGAGAAGCUUGGUAAGGCGAAAAAGUGUGGUGAUAACGAGUUCCUGCUAUUCUUCAUGAAACAGUUGCAUAUAUGUAUAUCUAACGAAAAACUCAUGAAACUGUUACAAACGGAUGGAUUUUUGUGGUUGUGGUCAAAUGUCUCUGAGGAAAUAUCGCAGUGUCUCCAUUGUGUGUUUGGACGUUAUUCUAAGCGCCGUCGUGUGUUGGAAGAUCAUGAAUGUUCUGUGAAUCACAGCGUUCUAAAUGACUAUUCAGUGAUGAUCCUAGAACUCGCCAUGCCCCAUCCUUUGCCUAAGUAUGACGAUAAGGUUAGUUUGUCUGCGCUCUUAGAGGUGCUUAAUUGCAUAAGGGCGCGUGUGGCUUUCAGCAUUGUCAUCGUUUUCAGUUUAAAGUGGCCUAUGGUAAAUAAUGAGUCUUACGUUCAAUCUUGUGUUUGGUAUCUCAUGGCUCUACACCAUUACCGCCAAAGCAAUCAUAAUGAGAUUGAGAUUUAUUCCAAGGUAGAUGUAAAUUUUUUAUUGUGCACUAUCGGGCUUUUUACCUUUCUACCUUUUUCCACCUUUCUACCUGUUGCCUUUUUACCUUACCUUUACCUUUUACCUUUAUUUAAGAUGGACGACGAUUUACUGUAUUUGGAGUGGCCAUGGCAUGUAAUACCGUUCCGAGUCUCUAUUUUAGUAGACAGCACUGUUGGAGUCGUUUUCUUCCAGCUUGCUAACACUCUUUAUCAAAUAGCAACUCGACUUUCGCGUUACUUUCUUACGGUACCCUCCGAUGAUUGGAGACUGCGUUAUUCAACAUCUGUCCUCAGAAAUCUCCGACAGGAAUCACAAAGUCUUUUUGAAGAAGCGCUAUCUCAAGCAUUUCACUGGGAAACUGGUGGUAUCUGUGAGUACCAAUGGUUGUGUUAUUUCUUUUUGGCAAAGUUACAGACGAAAUUAGAUGAAGACGAGGUUGCUGUAGAUGGAUUCUACGAGGCUGCAUGUUCAUGCGAAUUGUCUGAGUUCUUUUAUCCCAUCAAAAUUAGUGUGAAGAAACAGCAAAAUAUCGAGCCUGUUGAGGUUCAUUACCAGAUUCAUGCUACCGUUUGGAAAUAUCUUCGAAAGAAAUUGGAAAUGAUUCUGGAAUUCGUAGAAUGCUCGAUAUUUUCCUCAGUUCAGGUAGUGCGGAGUAACCUUUCACUUUUCUCUGCACAUCCUGAAAUUCACGAAGCCCUCAUCUAUAUGACCAUUGACUGCAACCCUUCGGUGGAAGACGGUGUAGCGGAAUGUUUGACAUGUGAGCGUUUUCCACAUAUGAAAUCGUAUUAUCGACUAGCAGAAAUGGAGUUGAGCCAAGGAAAUAUUGAAGUAGCUUAUGUCCACCUCUUAAAACACGUGUUCAGGCGAAGGAAGCGUGAUGAUUCCCUGUUUGAUGUGAAGUUUAUUCUGAAAGAAAGACAUGGUGCAUUACUAACGCAUGCUGUUAGUCGUCUUCAUAUUUUGGCGAUGGAAUCCUCAUCACCAAAGCACCUACGCUCUGAUAUGUAUCGUGCUUGGCAGGCCGUUAGCAAGUAA